AAAUAAUGCCAAGAAAACCAUCCCACACCUCACAUCGACACAAAGUUGGAACAUCACAUCGUGGUGGUGCAAGAACUUUUGAUGUGACUGAAGACUCGUUGCCCACCUCCUUGGCUACCAACGAACUGCGGGCGGAUGCCUUCUCGAUCCGUGUUGCGAUGUGGGUAUGUUCUUGUCAUGAAUCCCCCCGAGCUUCUUCUGUGUGACAAUGGGAUAAACAAGGAUUUCGGCCAUUGCGACCCAAAGAGAUGCAGUGGGAAAAAGUUACAACGAUUCGGUAUGAUCGAGGAACUCAAGGUGGGAGCGCGCUUCCGAGGAGCGGUUCUCAGUCCGAAGGGAACUAUCUGCGUGUCUCCCUCCGAUCGGGGACUCGUCGAAUCUGCUGGCCUUGCAGUAGUUGAAUGCUCAUGGGCACGUUUAGAAGAGGUCCCGUUCUCGAGGAUUCAGUCGGUAAAUGACCGCGUGUUGCCGUAUCUCAUCGCCGCGAACCCCGUGAAUUAUGGAAAACCAUGGCGUCUGAACUGCGUGGAGGCCUUAGCCGCCGCCCUCUCAAUCGUCGGUUUGGAUGACAUGUCUGAGAGACUCUUGGCUAAGUUUGGCUGGGGACAUUCGUUCACUGCGCUAAACCAGGAAUUUAUUGAUCGCUAUCGGACCUGCCACUCGGCUGAGGAUGUUCUUAGUAUGCAGGAAACAAUCCUAGCAGAACUGCAAGACGAAUAUAUAGCAAGACACCCCCCUGAAACCGAUGGAGAGUUAUUACCCAGGGACAUCAUUUCGCCAGCAGAGGAUAGCGAUGACGAAUCCACCCCAACCAAGAAUACUUCCACCGUGGAGACCGAUGCUCUAGGCAAUUCAGCCGUAGUGAUAGUGUAGCGAUCAGUAUAAUUAAACUGCGCGCAACUCUUGUACAUCAGUCUCCAGGCUGACCAGACGCGCGCUUAUAAUUUGAAAGUGAACCUUGAUAUAUUGCAGGAUAAGUCACCUGACGCUGUUGAACUUUCUUGCGAUUUUGCAAACUGCGCAACAACGCCAAAAGCUCUCCAGAUGAAGCUCGUUCGGUUCUUAAUGAAAUUGAACAACGAGACCGUCACUCUCGAGCUCAAAGACGGCUCAAUAAUUCAUGGGACGAUCACAGGUGCGCCAGGACGUCGUCUAUAUCACGUAGUAUAGACUUAGACAACUGCAUCUUCAGGCGUUGAUGUUCAAAUGAAUACACAUCUUAAAACCGUUAAAAUGACCGCCCGAAACCGUGAACCAACCUCAUUCGAC